UGCAGUCUCAGACUAUAUGAGCACUGUCAUAUAGAGAGGGAAAGUAUGUUUUAGAGAGAGAGAGAGGGGGGGAGAACUGAAAGAGUACGCUCGGAGUAAACCUGUCUUGCUUUUGCCUGCUUUCACUUUAUCACUUCCCACAACCACCACCACCACGACGGACCACCAACUUCACCGCCAUAUCUUCAAAUUCACAGACCACGCGAAGCAUAGUGACAAAAUGUACACCUUAGAUCUCUGUUUCUACCACUAAUUUAACAUUGGGGCAGUUUUGAUUAUCAUCUAUGGGGAGUGUUUCGUCAGAAGAGGGCUACGAUCAGCAGAGUGAGCGCUGUGGAAGCUAUAGCUUGAGUGCCGAUGUGAGCGAGUCGGAGAGUUCGAGUAGUUUUCCGUGUCGGCUGUACGACGACGAAGGGGUGUCGAGUUCCUUGACGUCGUCUCCACUCUCUUUCCGUCCGAUUAUUGGAAAUUCCGGUCUUCCGGUGACCUCGCAACAGUCGUUGAUGUCGCCGGUGAUUGGUGGGAAAGGUGUGAUGGUUUGGGAGGAAAAACCUGAGAAAAGGGAGGCUAAUUUAUCCGAAGGUGAGAUGAUGAAGGAAAGAUUUGCUAAGCUUCUUCUAGGGGAAGACAUGUCUGGAGGGGGUAAAGGAGUUUGUACUGCCCUUGCAGUCUCAAACGCUAUAACAAAUCUCUCUGCUACUGUAUUUGGGGAACUGUGGAGGUUGGAGCCAUUAGCACCACAGAAGGAGGCAAUGUGGCGCCGAGAGAUGGAAUGGCUGUUAUGCGUGAGUGAUUCGAUUGUGGAACUCGUGCCUUCCAUACAGCAAUUUCCCGAGGGAGGCACAUACGAAGUCAUGGCGACUCGGCCGAGGUCAGACUUAUAUAUGAAUCUCCCUGCCCUCAAGAAGCUUGAUGCUAUGUUAAUUGGUAUCCUUGAUGGUUUCCAAGAUACGGAAUUUUGGUAUGUUGAUGGUGGGCUAAUUGUUGCUGAGGCCAAAGAUUGUGAUGGGUUUCCUUCAUCUGGUAGGCCUUCAAUUAGGCAGGAAGAGAAGUGGUGGCUCCCAUGCCCGAAAGUUCCUCCAAAUGGGUUGUCAGAGGACACUAGGAAGAGAUUACAGCAGUGCAGGGACUGCACGAACCAGAUAUUGAAGGCGGCCAUGGCGAUAAAUAGUAGUGUGCUUGAUGAGAUGGAGAUUCCGAGUGCCUACUUGGAGACAUUGCCCAAGAGUGGCAAAGCUUGUCUAGGCGAUAUAAUCUAUCACUACAUAACUGCUGAUCAGUUCUCUCCAGAAAGUAUCCUUGAUUGCCUAGAUCUAUCAUCAGAGCAUCAAACUCUGGAAGUAGCAAACAGAAUUGAGGCAGCUGUGCAUGUGUGGAAACAGAAAGACAGGAAGAGAUGUACAAAUCACCUGAAGGCUAAACAUUCAUCAUGGAGUGGCAAGGUCAAAGGCCUUGUUGCUCAUGGCCAAAAGAAUCAUUUUCUGGGUGAAAGAGCUGAGACCCUCUUAAAUUGGCUGAGAUUUCGAUUCCCAGGUCUUCCGCAAACUGCAUUGGAUAUGAACAAAAUUCAAUACAAUAAGGAUGUGGGGCAGUCUAUUCUUGAAAGCUAUUCAAGAGUAAUGGAGAGCCUGGCCUUUAACAUAAGGGCCAGGAUUGAAGAUGUCCUUUAUGUAGAUGAUGCCACCAAGCAAUGUGCUGCAGCAGAAUUGAAGUCCUUCUUCCGUAGGGGAAGUUUGGAUGGUCUUCCUAUCCAAAAACGAAUUUCACCUAGCCCCUUCUCGAUUCAACACACCCCUUAUAGCUCUCCAUUUGCAACACCGACUUUCUGCGCAUCCCCUCCCAUGGGCAGAACCCCAGAGAGGGUCCCCUCUCCUUUAAACUUUUGCAGACUUGAAAAAAAAUUGGAAAAAUCAAUACCAGCCGACUUCGAGAAGCUGUGGUCCUAUGCUGGGAGCCUCAGUGCCAGAAAGACUAUUGGUGGGGAUGCUCCUGAGCGCGAUUGAGCAAAGUGAGUCAUAUCAAGGAAGUUGCUUACAUAGGCUUUAGAUCCCUCUGGAUUUUGUUGUGGUGGUAAAAAUAGGAUGGUGUUAUUGAUCUUGUAUAUUUGUUUAGCAAAUAGGAUAUCAUGGUUGAAAGUUAUUAGUUGCUAGAUGGAGAAAGAGAAUUAUGUUAUUGAUGUAUUGAAAAAUCUUUCCCCUUUAUCUCGAAGUGGGCAUUUUUGUUGAACCCUGGGAAACAUGGUCUAAAGAAUUUUAAACUCUACUGUAUAAAAAACAAUGAAAAGCUAUCAGGAGGCACACGAGCCUUGGCACGGUCAAA